AUGGCCUACAAUACAACACCUCUCGGUAACUGGUUGGAGGAUCUUUUCCGGAAGAUGUUUUACCAACCAGAUGAUGAAAUAUCUCAGAAAGCAAUGGACGAAAGCGUCAGUCCCGCAUUGAAAAUUUCGAUCAACGGACAGCACAUGCCCGGCGACACGUAUAAGCGAUUGAUCAUGGACACGCGUCGCAUGCACCGAAUGGCAGUCAAAAGUAGUCGCGAGCUGCUGGCGUCAUCCGGCGCGGCGGAUAGCGACAUCAGCUCGGUCGCACACAUCCAGACUUUCACGUUAGAAGAGAUGAAGACGGGGGCGAAAAGGGAACAGACAAGCCUGACGAUUUGUGUGAUUGCUUGGACGGGCGGCAAAAGGCAAUUGGUGGAAAUGGCGGAGGUCAUGUCGGAUUGUUGA